AUGCUUCUGGGCAGAUUACUUAUCAUUCGUCCCAACUCCAAACACGCCCUAGGUUUCCUUAAUGGGGAAGAAGAAUCUCAUUUGGCUUCUUGGCCUUGUAAGCAUCUGCAACAUAGAACAGGGUUCCAUGGAGUUUCAAUGGGUUCUGCUCAAUCUUCAUGGAACUCAAGAAAGAAUGGAACUUUUUCCAUGAAUGAACAAUCUGGAUCCGAACCUGGCAAGUGGGUAUUAUCUAGAUCUGUUUUAUCAAACAGAGUUAGCUUGUUCUUGAAAACGCCAUCUGGAUUUGGUAAGUUUUUCAACAGAGCUUAUGCUAGCCUAAUGGCGAAUCAAGAUGAUUCUGAAGAAAGGAAACAAGAUGAGCUUUUGGAUGUUGUAAUCAAACAAGUUUCUGCAGGAUCUGAUCAAUUAAUCAUGUCUGAUGGAAAUAAUAGCAAUGGCAAUGGAGGAGGCAAUAAAAGGAAAAAUGGCGACAACAAUGGAGAUGAUGGCGGCGAAAACAUGUUGGCUUUGGUUUGGUUAUGGUACUGGAGGUGGUGGCAGCAUCGUGAAUCAAACAAACCCGACAAAGACAACAAUAUCGACAACAUCAACAUGAACCCAUUAAGGUUUUUCGAAAAGAUCUAUACUGACGACAUCAACAUGAACCCAUUAAGGUUUUUCGAAAAGAUCUAUACUGAUGUGAUAUUCAUCCCAAUAUCAAGACUUGUUUUUGAGGUCUUUCCAUUAGAUGCAUUCACAACAUUGCUAACAGAGGUACAUGUGUCACGCGGAAUGCCGCGUUUGUCUGCAUAUCUGAAGGCCUUAUGGACGACACUAUGGCUGGUAUGCUUGUUAAUGGCAGUUCUUAUCAUGUUUGCUCUGGGGGUUCUCGCGAUAGGACCAAUUGCCUUGGCUUUAAUGGCGCUCGAGUCCUAUCUAUGGCCUCCACCACCACCCAAUCACAGUGAUGAUCGCGACGAUGAUAAUGAGGAUGUAUCAUAGAUAUCUCGAAAAACCUUAACUGUUUCAUACUAAGAUAAGAAUAAUAACAAAUAGCCUUGUUUAUUGAAGUUUCAAAAGUCUUACACAAUACACAAAUAAUAACAUAUUCUGAAAGAUUAAUGAUUCUAUGAAC